AAGCGUGGCUGUGUGUUUUGCUAGGGCUGGUUUUGUGUGUGUUUUGCUGGCAACAUUUUGCGGACAUGGAAACCGACCACAAAUCUGAAGAAAUUCGGAGACCCUUGGAUGUAAAACGAUCUCGUGCAGAACAAGAGCUCCAAGAGGACGAGCCAGGUGGAUUCCAAUUCGCACCCCUGCCCAAGAGGAAGGCCCUUCCACAACCGACUCCAAAGGUAGAGGAAAUCGAUCCCGCCAUCGUGAAGAGGCAGGAGCGUAGGAUGAGGAAAAAGGCUGCUCACUUGCUGAAGAUCCCCGGCGGUGUCUGGGUCUCGAAUGCAGAGGUUGACAAGGCUUUGAAUGCAAUGGGGUACAAGGAAACAAGGAAGAAGUACCCAAAGCCCUGUCCCCGAACCAGACCGCCCCAUCACUCCACCACAUUGGUGGGAUCUGGGCUGGCACAGCCCAGAUAAACUAGGGGUACGCGCCGUUCAGUCUGGGCGCGUAGUGUGGCUGAGCGAUGCGAAUUGACAUUUUUUGUGCACUUUGGACUUUGCUUGAUUAGACGAAGUGUCCAUCUUAUGGGCUCAUAUUCAGUGAACUUUAGACCAGGGGUACAAAUGGAAGUGAUUUUCGUCAUCAGAACACCAAAAACUGCUGGAAUCAAUGUCAAACUCGAUUUAAAAAUUUUGGUCCAAAAUUGGUCAAAAUUCGGU